AUGACACGACUCCGGUACGCCGUCUCAUACAGAACACUUGAUUUCCGCUCAGCCGCUAAAUUUGAGCGCAGGAAGAAUCAUUUACCAUGGAGCUGUGAAGCUUGUCGACGGCGUAAAGUCGCAUGCGACCAUCGCACGCCAGUCUGCGGUCGAUGUCUGCGAAGAGGCAAACCUGAGCAGUGCAGCUAUGUCGCUGCUCCCAUGAGCAACAGGCGAAAUAAUGACACGCAAACGCUCGACGACACGUCGGUGACAAUCGAUGAGCCAGACUCGAAUCAAGAAGAUUCUUCAUCAACUUCAGGCCCAGCCGUUCCGCCGUCAGUGGACCCGGUCGUGCAUACGAGACAGCACGUUGGGUAUCUCGGUCCCACUAGCUUCUCUGCAUUGUUCACGGACAAUCACGAAUUCCGUAACAUCCCGGAUAGCUUGCGAAAUCUCCCCACAGGUAGAGAUGCGACUACUGUGACCAACGCGGAUAUCGAGCAAGGCGCACAGAUAGUGCUUCUAUUCUGGCAGUGUUUACCGCUGUGUUCGAAGAUCAGCCAACGUUACUAUAGGUUCUGGGAUAUUGGCGUAGUGUGGGAGGCACUUGUGGAGGUGUGGCGUGAUGGAGCCCUACAAGUCCUAGAUGGUGAUCCCGGGCAGAUGAGCGAGGCUGCGCUCACUGAGAGAUGCCGCGAGAUGUCCCAGCUCGUCUGGCAAAAUUCUGGAAGAGAUGAGGCGAUCGAUGAGAACACGACAUUCCAGCUCUGGGCAAGUGGCUUCACGGGUCGACGGUUGAGGUGGGAGACAGUUGGCACGGUUCUCGGCAUGAUAGCCCUAUCAGCCUUUCUCGACGAAGACUGGGCUGCAAUGCGGGACACUGCGUCAUUUCAUCGUGGUGAUGGACCAGAACUCGUGCACCGAUUACACACAGCUGUAAUCACGUGUCGGCUGUUCUGUGGACAAAAUGAGGUUUUGAACGAAGUGUACCUCAUGAUGCUUGUUACGGAGGGUGGCAUCCUCGAAGGGACACAAGGUGACAUGAGGCUCGCCAACUGGAAAUUGCAGGGGGAAUUUAGUGAUGCUUUGGUUGCGAUGGGUCUGCACCGCACGAAUUCCAUUAAUCAUCGCAAGAGACCAUUCUGGAAUCUUCAGCUACGAAGGCAGAUAUUCGCUGCUUGCUACUGUCGGGAUAAAUGGUUCUCAUGUCUUUUAGGUCGUCCACCGCGCCUGGGUUACAAAUUCUGUCAUUUCGAGCUGCCAUUGGAACUUUCCGUCGAUGAGCUCUUAUCGAGCCAGCAGCCUGGCCCACUCCUGUCACUUGUCGACGAGUCCGGCUGGGACAAAAGAGACACUGUGAAUUGGGUGACAUGGUUACGGCUCCGCGCGCAGUACUGUGCGAUACGUGAGGACAUUUUGGAAAUCUCGCUCGGGAAUACAAUGACCACAGAUGACCUGCAAUGGCGGACUGAAGUUAUCCACCAAAAGAUUCGACAAUUCUCAGAGCGACUCCCGGGUAAAAUUCAGCGACGAGUUGAUCAUGCUCUGGAGUGCCUGUCCAAGCAAUCUUUGGCCACGCGAGGCGGUAGUGGACUGCUCUCUGCUCUGGCGGUUCAUCUCGGCAUGCUGCAAACCCGAUAUCUCCUGCACCGAGCCCUUUUUACCCAGACUUUGGCCUUGCCGGAUGAUAUCAUCGAUACUGCUCGCGAGAUUCUCAAUCUGGUCUUGCAGGUCGUUGCGGCCCAGGGACUUUUUCAUGAUUGGCCUGGCGAUGUCGCAUCCCUGCUCGUCGUCACCGCGGUUCCGUGCGCCGGAAUGUUGGCGAUAGCUUUACUCCGAGAACAGCAGUCAAAUAUCCGCACCAUCAGCGCCGUGCCUGGCCAGAAGUCCGACGUCAUCCAGAAGGUCUGUUUCCUCGUGGCAGCGCUGAACUCAGUGCCUACGAGGGACAUUCUCUACAGUCUCUGUAGACAAUAUGCCGCCGUCCUGCAACGGUUGUUGGAUUCAAUCUUGGAGCCCGCGCCGAAUAACAGUGCUCCUGCGAACACAUACGACGUCUCUGACGUGCCACCCCUGGACGUCUUCGACUUUACCCUCGCCACGACAGAUCAUGAUACGGAUUUCCUCCAUUGGUUGGAAAGCCUGAGCUGA